AUGGCGAGCCCUAGCCCCUGGUUCUUCAAGGAGUGUGACGUGAAGGGCAAUUACCAGGGUCCAGGGCUCUGGAUUACAAGGUGGGAACAGCUCAUAAAGCUUAGCCCUCCUCUCUUAGAGAUCGUGACGUGGAAUGACUGGGUGGAGAGCUCCUACGUGGCGCCAUCGCUCAGCUCCAGCACAGACGCUGCGAGCGUGGCGGAUUUCACUCACCGUGCGUUCUUAGAGCUGGGGCAGUACUACAUCAGCUGGUAUAAAUCUGGUAGCGCUCCAGCAAUCACCCACGAUUCGAUCUACUUGUUUUAUUACACACACAGUAAAUCAGUUGUGGUGUCGGGUACCUCGUGCCAGGUGUCUGAUUUCAGUGCGCUGAGUGAUAAAGUGUACGUGACGGCCAUGCUGACUGCGCCUGCCAAAGUGCAAUUGCAGUCUGGAAAUUCCAAUCAGACGUUUAAUCCUCAGGCGGGGGUAUCUACGUGGAGCAUGGAUUUCCAGGAAGGGCAGCAGACCGCAGUCCUGAGUCGUGAUGAUAAGGAGCUUAGUAAACUGGUUGGAAGUAAGAGUAUCAAUAAUUCUAUUGUGCAGAAAUUUAAUUUUAAUGUUUAUUCCACUUGCACUACCUGUACUUAA